GUUUGUGGAGCAACAUGAAAAAUCACACUUUUUCAAGGAAUUAAAAAACCGACGUGAUUCGUUAAUAUGUUGGUUUCUAAAAAUUGAAACAAACGAACCCUCCUUUUGUAGCACUCGACGUUUUUGUUAUUCCUCAACCUUGCGUGCGACGGCAAAAAACUUCGAAGCCUCGCAGCAGCUUGAGCUUGGCAGCUGCAGACAACCAAUCUGUCCAACGGCGACGAGAUUCUCGACGGCUGUCCCAAUUCCCUUUCCAGCAGCGCCAAGAAAAAGGUACAUAUGUUCAAUAUAUAUUUUCAAACUUCAAACUUCUUCACCAAGUGCAACUUUCACUUCAAGCACCCCCUUUUUAUUCGUUGCAUCCAUGGCAUUGCGCAUUAUUCAUCCAAUCUCGACUCCAAUCAGCUUCUUAGUGAGUUAUCUAAAAAUGGUCGAGUUGAUGAAGCUCGUAAGUUGUUUGAUCAAAUGCCUUAUCGGGACAAGUACACAUGGAACAUUAUGAUUUCUGCUUAUGCCAAUUUAGGAAAUUUAGUUGAAGCUCGGAAGCUCUUUAAUGAAACUCCAAUUAAAAAUUCUAUCACUUGGUCUUCCCUGGUAUCCGGAUAUUGCAAAAAUGGGUGUGAAGUUGAAGGCUUGAGGCAGUUCAGCCAAAUGUGGAGUGAUGGGCAGAAGCCAAGUCAAUACACGUUGGGCAGUGUUCUAAGAGCAUGUUCAACUUUGAGUUUGCUCCAUACUGGCAAAAUGAUUCAUUGCUAUGCAAUAAAGAUCCAAUUAGAAGCGAAUAUAUUUGUUGCAACUGGUCUUGUUGACAUGUAUUCCAAGUGUAAGUGUCUUCUGGAGGCUGAAUACCUCUUCUUUUCACUGCCUGAUAGGAAGAACUAUGUUCAAUGGACUGCUAUGCUCACUGGAUAUGCUCAAAAUGGCGAGAGUUUGAAGGCAAUUCAGUGUUUUAAGGAGAUGAGAAAUCAGGGAAUGGAGUCUAACCAUUUCACAUUUCCCAGCAUAUUGACAGCAUGUACAUCAAUUUCAGCUUAUGCUUUUGGUCGUCAAGUACAUGGAUGUAUUAUUUGGAGUGGCUUUGGUCCUAACGUAUAUGUUCAAAGUGCAUUAGUUGAUAUGUAUGCCAAAUGUGGAGACUUAGCUAGUGCGAGAAUGAUAUUGGAUACCAUGGAAAUUGAUGAUGUUGUGUGUUGGAACUCGAUGAUUGUUGGGUGUGUUACACAUGGAUAUAUGGAGGAAGCUCUAGUUUUGUUCCAUAAGAUGCAUAAUCGGGAUAUAAGAAUUGAUGAUUUCACAUAUCCGUCUGUUUUGAAAUCUCUGGCUUCUUGUAAGAACCUGAAAAUUGGAGAAUCAGUUCAUUCUCUGACUAUUAAAACUGGUUUUGAUGCUUGCAAAACGGUGAGCAAUGCACUUGUUGACAUGUAUGCUAAACAAGGAAACUUGAGUUGUGCAUUAGACGUUUUCAAUAAGAUAUUAGAUAAAGAUGUAAUAUCGUGGACCUCCUUGGUCACGGGAUAUGUUCACAAUGGCUUCCACGAAAAGGCUCUGCAGUUAUUUUGUGACAUGAGAACAGCAAGGGUUGAUCUUGACCAAUUUGUAGUUGCCUGUGUUUUUAGUGCAUGUGCUGAACUAACAGUUAUAGAGUUUGGUCGACAGGUUCAUGCAAACUUUAUCAAAUCUAGUGCUGGUUCAUUGUUGUCUGCGGAAAACUCUCUCAUAACAAUGUACGCCAAAUGUGGAUGCUUAGAAGAUGCAAUUAGAGUCUUUGACUCAAUGGAAACUCGAAAUGUCAUAUCAUGGACUGCCAUAAUAGUUGGUUAUGCACAGAAUGGGAGAGGGAAGGACUCUCUUCAUUUUUAUGAACAAAUGAUAAUUGAUGGCAUAAAGCCAGACGGUGUUACUUUUAUUGGUUUGUUAUUUGCUUGCAGCCAUGCAGGUCUUGUGGAAACUGGUCAAUCUUACUUUGAAUCAAUGGAAAAAGUUUAUGGAAUAAAGCCAGCUUCUGAUCAUUAUGCUUGCAUGAUUGAUCUACUGGGACGUGCAGGAAAAAUCAAUGAGGCAGAGCAUUUAUUGAACCGAAUGGACGUUGAACCCGAUGCAACCAUAUGGAAGUCAUUACUUUCUGCAUGUAGGGUUCAUGGCAAUUUAGAACUUGGAGAAAGGGCUGGAAAAAAUCUCAUUAAAUUGGAACCUUCAAAUUCUUUGCCUUACGUUUUAUUGUCCAAUAUGUUUUCUGUUGCUGGUAGAUGGGAAGAUGCAGCCCAUAUUCGUAGAGCAAUGAAGACAAUGGGUAUUAACAAGGAGCCCGGAUAUAGUUGGAUUGAAAUGAAGAGCCAAGUGCAUACAUUUAUAUCUGAAGAUAGAAGCCAUCCUUUGGCGGCUGAAAUAUAUUCAAAGAUUGAUGAAAUGAUGAUAUUAAUAAAGGAAGCUGGACAUGUUCCAGAUAUGAACUUUGCAUUACGUGACAUGGAUGAAGAGGCUAAAGAACGUAGUCUAGCAUAUCAUAGUGAGAAGUUGGCAGUUGCAUUUGGUCUUCUCACAGUUGCGAAAGGAGCACCAAUUCGGAUUUUCAAGAAUCUGAGAGUAUGUGGGGACUGCCACUCAGCAAUGAAAUAUAUAUCUAGCAUUUUUAAGCGGCAUAUUAUUUUGAGAGAUUUAAAUUGUUUCCAUCACUUUAUAGAGGGGAAAUGUUCUUGUGGAGACUUCUGGUAGGUAGGGUGUUCAGCUUCUUGAUUUACUUAUCUAUAUUGAUCCACCCUGGAGAAUGAAACACCUAAUUCCUUGGAGUUAUUCUAUUGGCACAACCCAAGCAAGAUAAGAAUGGUGGUAGUCUUUUCCCAAUCACGUCAAGAAUUACUCUAUAUUCUUAUCGAAAAGUAACAACUAUGUUUCUUGGCUCUCUUCAUUCUCUACUGGCUGAAGGAGAUACAAACUCCAUUCAAUCGACAAGGGCAUCACUUGACCUUGCUCCAUUCGUUGUUUCCAAUUUAUAAGCUUCACAGACUUCAGAGAGCCAGAAAAUGAACUCCCAAAACUAUGUUAAUGCUUGCCAAAGGAAAUUAUGGUCGUGACUUCACUCCAACUCUUCCUUCUCUCAAUUCUUCACCUCAAAGCUCAAUUCUUACAUCUCUCUAGCAAGCUACUCUUUUCAGAUGAAGCCACAGUGAUGGUUCUUGUUUUAGAUUCUGUCGGUCAGACAAUUUUUCACUAGGUGUGGCAAGCUGCUCAAGGAGGUCAAAAGUGAUGUCAAGAGGAUUUUCUCAGGCUUCUGAAGGCUCGAGAGAACUUUGCUAUUAUCAAUAAGCUUCUUCUGUACCGGGAAAAUCGUGUUGAAAACUUUGUGGGUGUCGUUGGUGUCUGAUUUUGGGCCAAGGAACACCUAUCAAGAGAGUGGAGAGCUUGCAUGAUGAAAUAUUGGCGGGGAAGCUCAAAUCAGAGCAACUUCACACAUGCCAUAGCUACUCUCUCCUCCUUCCUCUCAUCGACUGGAUCUAAUCUCAAGUCCAGGGCAAACAUGAGGUUUGAGGAUGGUUAACAAGAGGUAUGAGUUAUUUAUUGGAAGUGAUGGAUUUGAGUGGCGUUAAUUUAGUUCUGGUGGAAGGACUCUUAUAACUCCACAGAAACAUUUGGUUACUUGACUUGAACACUUGUUCUCCCACCUUUGUUUCUCUUUGUUUAUUUACUACUACUUGCAUUAGAUGAUAGUAAAUAUAAGUAUGAUAGUUUUUUUUUUUCGUGUUACAUCUUUUCUUUUUAGGGAAUAUUUUUAUGUUUGAGCUUGAUUUUUGUUUUGCAUUUGGUUGAGUUUUCAUCCUUGUUUUGACAAAUUUUGUUAAGAAACUUAGUCAACAAUAUGUCAGAAAAAUCAUUCUGUUGAUUAGGUUGUUAAAACUAAUGAAUUGAAAAGUGAGGGAUUGUGAUCAGAUAAGAAUGAGUUUCUAUUUUUUUGACUUAAUGGAUGAAGAGGUUGCAAAGGACAAUUAGGUCGACAACCAACUAGUCCGUUUCAAAACGGUCAGUUACUGUUAGUUUUGGGAGGACUAAAGAUACCGACUGGCCAACAUGGGCAGACAAUCUUUGUCGUUGGUUUAGCAAGUCCUUUGAUUAGAGAAAACAAAGAGAAAUAAAGUAGAACAAAGGGGAACAAAGAAGAUAUUAAAAGAGAUGAGAAGGAAGAAGGAAGGAGAAAAAUGAAGAAGAAAUGGAGGAAGAGAGAAGAGGGUCUGGUGAGAGAUAGAGGAAAGAAAGGAAAUGGAGAAGAAGAGGAAUGAAGAAAGAGGUAAAGAAGGGAGAGAGAAAGGGUUUGGAAAAUUGCCAAAAGACUUUUAAUCUUACCUUUCAAAAGUAACCAUUUUAAAAAAACUCAUAAAUUUGUGUUUUUUGGGUCAAGUUCGACCAAUCUCAACACUGAAAUUCUUCUCAAAUUUUAAAAAAUUGUUUUAACAUCAUUUCUUGGUCCGUCCCGACCGAUCUCAACAUCAAGAAUUUGAGUUUUGUUUUUAAAUUUCAAAAUAAAAGGUAUUCUUAAAUUACCAAAAUAUCCUUGAAAGGCCAAACAUUUGAUAUUUGUAAACCUUAAACCCUACAAGAUAAAAUGUGUUUGUUCCCAAAAUUGAAGAGAUUUGACCGAUUUUUGCGUGCCCAAAUUUCAAAAAGUCAUCCUCAAGUUUAAAUCUAUGAAGGUAAUUACUUUAAACAAUUUCAUAGUUUAAGGUUGGAUUUUAAGUUCUGUUAUAGCAUUUUUUGUCAAAUCUGAAGUGGAUAGGAAAAUAUGUAGUUGGAUACAGAACUAGAUUUUAAGUUAAUGCGUGUGGUUUCGUUUGAUGAAUCUUGACAACAUCAUCAAUAUGAGCUUGUGUAGAUGAAGAAUCUCGGGAGAUUGAUGAAAUUGUCGUGAAAUUUGUUGCGUUUCAUAUGCAUUUUGAAGGGAUAACUCGAGGAUGAUUUCGCCCGAGAUUAGAUCAAGAUAUAUCACAAAAUGCAUAUAAAAUCCUUAUCUUGUGGCAUCCAGUGCAAUAUUGCUCGAGUUCCAUUGUUAAUUCAUGUUACUUUUGGUCGAGAUUGCCUCGAGUUUUAGGACAGAUUACUAAUUUUAUUUUGUUGUGUGUGUAUCUAUUUGGCAGAUGCAUUUUGUCACCAAAAUUUGCGGUGUAGACUUCUUUCUUACAAACUUGACCUAUUGUUCACACCUAGUGAAGACUGUCUCGAACAUCAAAAACAAGUUAACACCUAGCCAUAUGUAUAUGUUUAGGAAAACCAUGUUUGGACAUUUAUUGAACAUUAAGUUAGUUUUCAAUGAACACAUGUGCCAUUACAUCUUGCCUAGAGAGGUUGAGAAUGAAUGAGAUGACGUUAUUAGCUAAAUUACUAACUGAGCAUGUCUCCUUCGGGUAGGAAGAUUUUGACAUUAUCAUGGGGUUGAGGUAUAAGCCAAGACGUGUGGUUGAAUUUGGACAAGAUAAAGCCCUUAAACUCUGACGGCUAUAGUUGGGCGAGAUGAUGAAUAUGAAUGGUUCAGAGUUGGAUAAAGAUUACUCGACCUUGAAUUUUGAGGGUGACGAGGAUGCAGUGAAGAUAUCUCUAUUUUAUUUCAUUGAGCUAGUGAUGAUGGGGAGUGAGAGGAGGUAGCACAUGGAUUGGACUAUGUUGAGCCUCAUAAAUGAAAACCCAAAAUCUCGGUGUCGAGUUCGAUCGAGAUGGACCGAGAAAUGAUGUUGAAAUGAUUUUUUAAAAUUUAACGGUAGAAAUGUAGAGCAAAACAUGAAAAAAACCAAAAAAAAAAAAAAAUUCCUAAUUGAAAUCAAAACCAAUGUAAAAUUCAUAAAAUAUUGUCACAUUUCAACGGUGAACUUAGAAUUAUUUUAAUCAUUUCUCAAGCAUACGAGACUAAAGCUACUAUUUUUUAAUUUAUUUUUUCCAAAAA